AUGGAUCCUUACAAGAAUCGUCCAUCAAGUGCUUAUAAUUCACCUUUCUGGACAACCAAUUCUGGAGCUCCGGUUUGGAACAAUAACUCGUCGUUGACAGUCGGAAUUAGAGGCCCAAUUCUCCUUGAAGAUUACCAUUUGGUGGAGAAACUUGCUAAUUUUGAUCGUGAGAGGAUCCCAGAACGUGUUGUCCAUGCUAGAGGUGCCAGUGCCAAGGGUUUUUUUGAGGUCACUCAUGAUAUUUCUCAACUUACCUGUGCUGAUUUCCUUCGAGCUCCUGGAGUUCAGACACCUGUUAUUGUUCGAUUCUCCACUGUCAUCCAUGAGCGUGGAAGCCCUGAAACUCUUAGGGACCCCAGAGGCUUCGCAGUUAAAUUUUACACCAGAGAGGGAAAUUUUGAUUUGGUGGGAAACAACUUUCCAGUCUUUUUCGUUCGAGAUGGAAUGAAAUUCCCAGAUAUGGUUCAUGCCUUGAAACCUAAUCCAAAGUCCCACAUUCAAGAGAACUGGAGAAUCCUUGACUUCUUUUCCCACCAUCCAGAGAGUCUGCACAUGUUCACAUUCCUGUUUGACGAUUUGGGUGUUCCACAAGAUUACAGGCACAUGGAAGGCUCUGGUGUCAACACCUAUACUCUAAUUAACAAGGACGGGAAAGCACAUUAUGUGAAGUUUCACUGGAAGCCAACUUGUGGAGUUAAGUGUCUAUUGGAAGAAGAAUGCAUUAAGGUUGGAGGAGCCAAUCACAGCCAUGCCACCCAGGAUCUCUACAAUUCAAUUGCAGCUGGCAACUAUCCGGAGUGGAAACUUUUUAUUCAGAUAAUGGAUCCUGAUCAUGAGGAUAGAUUCGACUUUGAUCCGCUUGACGUAACCAAGACCUGGCCUGAGGACAUCUUGCCCCUACAGCCAGUAGGCCAUUUGGUUUUGAAUAAGAACAUUGAUAACUUCUUUGCAGAGAAUGAGCAGCUUGCAUUUUGCCCUGCUAUUAUUGUCCCUGGAGUUUACUAUUCGGAUGAUAAACUGCUCCAGACACGUAUAUUUUCGUAUGCCGAUACUCAGAGACACCGUCUUGGUCCAAACUAUCUUCAGCUCCCAGUUAAUGCUCCCAAGUGCGCUCAUCACAACAAUCACCAUGACGGUUUCAUGAACUUCAUGCACAGGGAUGAAGAGGUCAAUUAUUUCCCAUCAAGGUUUGAUCCUUGUCGUCAUGCUGAGAGGCAUCCCAUUCCCCCUCCUGUGUUGUCAGGGAAGCGUGACAGGUGCAUCAUUGAGAAAGAGAACAACUUCAAGCAACCAGGAGAGAGAUAUCGUUCAUGGGAUUCAGACAGACAAGAGAGAUUUCUCUGCCGAUGGAUUGAGGCUUUAUCUGAUCCCCGUGUCACCCAUGAGAUCCGCAGUAUUUGGAUAUCAUACUGGUCUCAGGCUGACAAGUCUCUUGGUCAGAAGCUCGCCUCUCGUCUCAACGUUAAGCCGACAAUGUGA